CUUGAUGCCUACUAUGUAUGAGUCCAACGAUGCUUUUCCAGCUCGGAACAGGGCCUGUGUCUGUAUCUCCUCUCAGCUCUACAACAGGCGAGCACUCGAUACCAACUCGCCUUUGCCAUUAUUAAACUCACUCACACAUCUCACGUAUCUCACAUCAACAUCACCUCGUAUUCGGGAGAUACUCACGCCCCCGGGGAAUCCAUCUGCAAUCUGCGGGCUGUCUCCUCCGGGUCUUCUGCACCCAGCACAGGUCCCAGCUCUGAAUCCCAAGUCUUUUGAUCAGCAUGCCUCUUACCGGUUCUCGCUGGCUUUCCAGUGCGUGGUCAACAUUGGUGUGCGUGGCUCGGAAUCUAUUCGGAGUCGUGUCGUUCAAGCGGGCACUCUUGAAGUUGUUGGAUAUAUCUUAGAGGCAUGGCUGGCUUCAAAGGGGUUCGCAGUCGGUCCGAGUGCCAGUGCAAGCAGGAUACCACGUGAGACCCGUAAACAGCGGCAGCAAUGCUGUCAACGACAGCUGGAGCAAAGACAGUGUGAGCAAGCUCAGGCGCUUGCCACGCUUCUUGCUAUCGAACGAUCGCUUGCGAAUACUGAGGAGGAACAAAACGUUGCCACAUUGGACGCAGAGACAUCUGUUUCUACUGAUACGUCUGCUAAUGCAACUCCGUCAGGAUCGGGUACACCGACGAGUACUGUCAUCGUUACAGGCCGUGGCAGGUCUGGGACGGUCGUCGCACGCCGAGUAUGGGACACUGCGCAGUCAAAUGUAUGUGAACCUACGCUAGCGGGUCCGUCGAUGUCCCACUCUCGGACAGUUCGGGCUCGCGAAGCAGCGGAAUCUGCAACCCCAUCAGCUUCAACAUCCAGUCCAGACACCGAGACGGAGGAUGAUGGCGAUCCCGACACAGACGGUGAUGUGGAAAUGGAAUCGACGUCACACGACCACGACACUGACGAAAAUAUGCCUCCUCGUCCGCCAACACAUCCUCAUGCAUGCCGAACGGUCGGAAUUGUAGCAGAUUCGCCUUCGCCGGCAACUACAGCUGCAGUCAGGGCGGGCGUUGCUGGUGCACCUGAUGCACUUGAUGUUGAUAUGGACGCACACAUUAUUAUCGAUACUAACGUUGGUGAUGACGGCGUGGCAGAAGGAAUCGUCGCACUCAACCAAAAUGUGAAUGAUGAUCUUGCUAUGGGCGCUCCACCAGAUGCAUCAGGAGCUAUAGACGCAACACCACGCACACGUACAAACAAUCUCACGUCGGACACAAGGAACAUCAAUCUACAACGUGAACACCAUCCGCACGUCCACGGCCGUGAAGAAUUAACGCCGCGUGCCGUACUCGCAAAUCUUCCCGUGCACGCUCAUGCACAUGCUCGUGCUCCGAUCGUGAUGCCCUUCGCCGCGACUGAUGCUGGACCAACUCGAGGGGCCACCAUCACUCAGGCUGCAGUGAGGGCUGCUCAGUUAUCUGAAGCUAAUACAGCCAGUGCAGCAACACGAACACCUACCGCAAUGCCUCCCAGAUCAUUUCACCGGCACCAUCAUCACCUCCAUCACCACGCAGAGGAGCAAGGUGCGUAUCACGAGGAAGAUGUGCUACUGUCUUUGCGGCUACUGGCGUACCUGAGCAAGUAUCCUCACUUCCGGCAGGCAUUUUACAAACCACGUCUGAGCUUCCAUCCGGCUACGGCGAUGGCUCAGGGUCAUAGUAUGCAGAACAGCAGCAUGACUAGCACGUCAGAAGCAUCAGGUUGGUGGAAGACUAGUACCAGCGCAAGUGCAACUGCUAAUCCUGCAAUAGUUUCAACUUCAGAUACUAAGAAGGACCUUGGGGUUUUCAGGACAGCAACCGGACGAGACAAGGAGAAGGGAAAGACAUCUACACCUGCGACCUCGGGUUCUCGUGACAAUACUUCUCAGACUGGUCAGAAUUUGUGGACACCACCCCGGAUGACCAACGUAUUUUCGUUGGUUGAACGGUUCACAUUCAGGCCCAGCCCGACAGAGAGUGCUCUUCCCUCGCCUCCACCAUUAUUAUCGCCGGAGAUUCAGUAUUGGGCAGGUGUGAUUAUGCGCAAUGCAUGUCGUAAGGACGAGAGUCGCGGUGGUAUAAGCCAAUGUGCUAACAUGCUUUGCGGAAAAUGGGAAUCCUUCCCGCGAGAAUUUGCAAAAUGCCGGAGAUGCAGAAAAGCGAAAUAUUGUGGAAAGGAAUGCCAGUCCCGUGCGUGGAGCAAGGGUCAUCGUUUCUGGUGCAGUGUGCGUGGAGGAGAAGAUGGUAAUGAAAGUGCAACUGUCAAUGGCACCCCUAGUGGCGCUGGCAGUGGUACUACAGGAGCUACUGCCACAACGAACUCAGUCCAACAAAAUCAAAACGUUGAAGAGUACGCAGAUGUAGAAAAUAACACCACCGGAGCAGGGGGCGGCCGUGCAACAUUGGAUAGAAUUGAACGGAGGCAGGCUUGUGACAGGGAGCGACAGCGAAUGUCUACGGCUGCGGCUGCGGCGCUCGCUGCCAUGCAGCCAGCUGCGAGUGCUACUUCUGCCGUGGCAGCUGCUAGGAAUGCAUCAACGAGACAGCAGGGCAUGGUUCUCGGCCAAGCAGUCCAGCCUUGUUACCUGCAGGCUCAUACAUAGAUACUCUGCACUUGUUCAAGAAAGCCUGUGACGUCAAGGGACGGUACUGCCCGACGUUGCAAACAAUUCUCUCCCGACUACAAACGGAUCUGUUAGUGAGUUGACCCUCCCCACUGGUAUCACCUUCAAUGCAUACAGUGCAGAACAGCAAGCAACAAUUUGCAGCUUCCUCCACGCUGUUGGUGUUAGAGAGAUGCAGACUGAUGUACUUACAGGGCCAGCUUCCUAGAGCACAGUGUUUUAAAUAAAGUUACUUUUAUUAAAAACAAACAUUGUAAACAAGAUAAUAAUAC